AUGGCCUACUACGCCAACAUCGCGGUGCGAUCGAUAAGCCGCCCCGUCGGCGAGGAGGACGAAGGAGACGUCUACUUCCCCACCGUCCACGUCAAGGCCCAGCACAUCAUCAAUCCAGAAGAAGACGCCGAAACGGCGGCGCCAGAGAACGAGCCGAAGCGAAAGAGGGGCACCGUAGACUACUGCUACGCGCUCUUCGACGGCCUGCCGCCUUCGUCCCCCUCCCCCUCCCCGCACGAGUCCGAGCCACAAGCCGCCAGCAGCUCGCCACCUCACAAGAUAUACUCGACGUAUGCCGAGUUGUCGGGUGAGAGUGCGCCUGUGGGCACGGACAGCUAUGAGGUCAGCGACGACGACGAAGAUGAUGAAGACGACGAAGACAGAGACGACGGCUACUACGUGCCGAACACGUCGGGCAUGGUGCACGACGACCAGCCAGCGGGCUACGUAGCCGCGCCCUACAGUCCGUCGCUACGCGGGCGCCUCAAUCCCGAGAACCACGACGACUACGACGACGACGCCGAGUCCAACGCCUACACCAAGGACCAGGCCUACACCAAGGCCGAGCCAUCAUCGAAGACGACGGCCGACGGCGACAUGGAGUGGACGGUGCUCGAACCGGCGCAGCAGAAGCAGCAGCCCGGCGGCUACGACGACCCCGAGGUCUACCGCAUCUUGGCCCAGGUCGACGCCGAGCGCGUGAAGGCCGCCGUGCGCAACUACGCCGAGUCCCUCGGCUCGCAGGAGGGCGAGGCCCUGCUCCGCCACAUCCUCGCCCACGUCAAGGCCAUCGACCUCGCCGCCGACGCCGAUGUCGACACCGUCGCUGGCAGCGGCGUCGACAGUGCCCAGAAGAAGGCUGUCGCGGCGCGACCGAAGAUCUCCAUCGGCGGCGGCGGCGUCUACGCGGGCGCGCACGAGCUGCCCGAGCUGGCCAAGCUGCCCCUCUCCUACGGCAGCAAGGUCUUCAACGCCCCGGCGCAGCCCAAGGCCCAGGCCCGGCCCCAGUACGUGUCGCUGUCGGGCCAGGGCGCCAAGUGCGUGAGCUCGAACCCGCUCACCAGGCCGGGCGGCGCCGGGCUGCGCGGCUCGGGCGAGUGCCCGGUGGGCGACAUCGGGCGGCGCGACAAGGCCAGCCUGGUGUCGCAGGCGGCGCCGGUGGUGGAGAAGAACACCAAGUGGAACGAGAGCUACCAGGACCUGCUCGCGGGCGGGCUCCAGGCCAUGCCGCUGGCCUCGGUCAAGAAGCUGCUGCGGCUGGCCAACGACUUCGUCUACACGUGCCUGACCUACACGAAGGUCAUCGUCAACGAGCUCAACAUGCCCAACGACCGCAAGACCAUCAAGCCCGCGACCGACAUCGGCGGCCUCGCCGGCGGCGAGAAGUAUGUCAUUCAAGGCAUUCUGUUCAAGUUCUGUCUGGAUCCGCAGGUGUCGACCAAGGGCAAGGGCGUGUGGCUCUACGGCGGCAACCGGCCGUCGGAGGAGAAGGCCGCCAAGGCCGCCGCACUCGAACUGCAGGGCCUGAGCCUGCUCUCGUCUCUCUUCCUUCCUGGGAUUCACAUUCCGCUCAUGGCGCUGAUCGACUUCAAGGGCUUCCGCAUACUUGCCACAUCCCUGCUGCCUCUUGGACCCGACACCAUAGUUUACGGCUCCCACGAUGCCGGCAAAACCGUUCACGCCUCCGACCCCGUAUUCAACAAAAUGAUGGACGAGAUUGGGGUGAUGCUCAACCUGAAGAAGCACACGGUGGGCAAGAAGAAGGUGCCCAUCGUGGGUCCCGGCGACAUCGAGGGGCACAAGGCACUCGACGGCCGCUACUACCUCCUCGACUACGCGCGCCUCAUGCCCAGCCAGGCCCCCAUUCCCUCAGAGGACGGGAAGUGGGACGGCCGCGGCGUGUUCUAUCAGAUGCUGCGACCAGAGUUCGUGCGGAGCUACUCGACCCCGCUCUCCUCUGACGUGUUCACCGGAUGGUCCAUGUAUGAUACGGAACGGGAGAAGAGCGAACGGGAGGUGAUUGCGGCUACGCAGGUGAUGAUCAACGAGCGCAUCCCGGCGCUCGCAGCCGACCUGGACGCCUUCGACACCUCGGUCCUCUCCGAAAUCUACGCUCGCAGAGUUUCGGAGGAGCUUGAUCCGAUCAGGAUCAUCCAGUUCCUCAACCUGGUCAACCUGGAGAGCCGCAUGCAUUGCGCCGGCAUCAACUGUCGCCACAUGGGGCGCCUGCGGCAGCUCGUCCACAACAAGGCCAUGCGCAGCUACAUCCUCUGCGCGGCCGUGAGUCGCGCGCUCAAGCACAAGCUGCGCAAUAGAAUGAGGCGAGCGGUGCGCGAGAAGCGACAGGGCGAUCUCGCUUCGGAGGUCUCCUGCAAGCGUGUGGCAGCCCGCGUGUUGAACAAGAUCCUCGGCCAACACCCCAAGUCGGAGGACUUCUGGCGGCGGUCGGUGGUCAAGUCGCUGCGCAAGCGCUUCCCGUUCAUCCUCUCGCCCGAGGAGCUCGCUGAGACGUACGACAUCAGGACCGACAUUUGCCUGCGCGUCAUUUUGGCCAUUCUGAUGACCCAGAACAUGAUGCGCCUCACGUCCGACGCCUCCAACGCCAUCUUCCGGGACCUCACCACGGUGAAGCUGGUCAGCAACGACAUCGAGGUGAUCUGGUCCAACAUCAAAUUCAGUCCCCUUAUCAACAUUCUCGACGCUGAGGUCUGUCGUCGCAUGUCCACAGGGAAAAAUCGGGGCCUCGGGCUGCGCCUGCUCGAGUCGGCUCGGGCCAAGCUCAAGACCGCCAUCGAGGCCCUCCCCUCCUGCUCCUACUCGCACUGGAGCAUCGCGCGCGUGGAGAAGGAGAUCGUGCGUCACCCCGAGUACGAACCCGUCGCGGAGCAGAUCUUCAACAGCAUCUACAAGCACCUGCGCCUCUCCCACGAGAUGGAGAAGACCAAGGGUUUGCUGCUGACGUGGGCCCAAGUGCUGGAGAUGCACGCCGAGCGGCUGGAGCAGGCCAACGGCGGCGUGCCCACGGCAAGGACGACGGAAAUGCGGGCGGAGGCCGCCGCAAAGCGCGCCAUGGCGGUCGAGGUGCCGCGCCACCACUGCGACAGCGGCGGCGAGGAGGACGAAGACUGCGCCGUGUGUUUGUAG